AUCUCCUCUUCUUCUUGUUUAAAUGUUACUAUCGUUAUCCUCUGGUAAAUACGACGCCCCAUCUCUAACUACUGUAGCUAAAGAACCUCUAGUUUAGGAUGAGUUUACGAAUAAGUAUCUGGGUGUUGAAGGGGGUCUUAAACUCAUCCGUAACUUGGUAAGAGCAUUCAUUCAUUGACACAUGGCAAGCGUGCCAUUUCAAAGAACGCAAAGUGGACGUCACUAUCAAGAAAAAGCUUAAAGGAUAAUGGCAUUUAAGUUGAACUCUUAGCUCCUUAUAGAGAGCAUUAGAGCUCUGGUGCUGCUUCCUGCUUGCCUCUUUAUACUUAAAUAGGGUAGAUUUAACCUCGGUAAAGGACUGAGAUUUACAGACGUAUGGUACACUAGCUAUCCUCCUCGAGGAGGAUAGCUGAGGACUGAAAGGAUGUUCAGCUUUCAGAGAAACAGGAGACAGAGCCUUUUUCCCAACUGCAAACUAGCAACCUCAGAGUCAACAGAUAAUGCGGUUCCAUUCGGUAAACAGUGUUUGCUGAAACAGUGGAGCUCUUUAGGCGAAAUACAGACAGAUAUCUAUGACAUCUUUGGUGAAGAUGAGGAGGCUGAGAAGCAUUCGGAACCAACAAUGUGGUUUACAAGCGCCUCACCCAGCAGGAAUUGCACGCUCAACCUCAACGUUGGUGGAAAGUCCUACCGCAUCACCUAUAAAAUGGCAGCAAGAUACCCACAGAGCAGAAUCGGCCGUUUAGCCACCUACACGGACCUCAACAUGAAGCUGAACCUCUGCGACGACUAUGUGGUGAAGGACAAUGAGUAUUUCUUCGACCGAGAUCCAGACGUCUUCAACAGCAUCUUCAACUUUUACAGAACCGGCGUGCUGUGGAUCAAGGACGAGCUUUGUCCAAGGAACUUCUUAGAGGAGAUAAAUUAUUGGGGCGUUCGGAUCAAAUACUCGCAGCGGUGCUGUAGGAUCCUUCUUGAGGAGAAACACGACGAGUUGUGCGAACAGCUCAAGGUUCAGAAGGAACUGGAAGCAGAGGUGGAUGUCAAAGAAAAUGAGGAGGCGUUCAAUGAAAUGUUCCUCGGCGAGACGAGACGCUCGCUCUGGAGCUUCAUGGAGAAACCGUUCUCUUCAGUACCUGCGAAACUAAUGGCGUUCGCCUCGAGUAUGUUUGUGCUGGUGUCGCUGGUUACAAUGACUUUGACUACGGUAGAAGAAAUGGAGAACAUGGCAUCUAAUGAGUUUAGCGGAAAGACAUUUGGAGAGUACAUAGAGACACUGUGCAUAACCUUCUUCACCGCUGAGUACCUGCUGCGUCUAGUUUCUACCCCAGACAUCGGUUGUUUUGUUAAAAGCAUGCUGAACGCUGUUGACCUCAUGGCCAUCCUACCGCAGCUUCUCCAGUUCGUGCUCGAAAGCUUUGAGACCUUCCAUUCUGGGACACAAACCACUGACAUGGAGACUGUUGGUCAGGUGAGCAAGGUGGGCCAAGUGUUACGAAUCAUGCGACUCAUGCGUAUUUUCCGUGUUCUCAAACUGGCACGUCAUUCGACGGGGCUCAGAGCGUUUGGCUUCACGUUAAGGCAGUGCUAUCACCAGGUGGGAUGUCUCUUCCUCUUUAUCGCCAUGGGGAUCUUAAUAUUCUCCGCCAUGGUUUAUACUGUUGAACACGACUUCCCUCAAACCAAGUUCACCAGUAUUCCACAUUCUUGGUGGUGGGCAUCUGUUAGCAUCUCUACUGUAGGCUAUGGUGACAUGUAUCCGGAGACUCUUUUGGGGCGGAUAUUUGCAUUUGGCUGCAUUUCCUUUGGGAUCAUUCUGAAUGGCCUUCCAAUUUCCAUCCUCUUCAAUAAGUUCUCAGAUUACUACGCCAAACUGAAGUCUCAUGAAUACAGCUCCAACAUGAAGAACAGGGGAAAGGUUAACUUCAUCCUGAGAGCCAAGAAGAAACUCAAAGAGUGCGGCUGGACUGAAACUAACAACAUUAAUGUAUCGUAGACACUGGUGAAAUCGAUUGUUAGCAUUGUUACGAUGUACUGAAUCUUGCCUGAAUGAGAACAUUUUCUAAAAAUCCUCUUAUCGAAAAGUGCCAAAGUACAUUUUAAAAUACAAGUAAUAAGUAACAGUAACUUAAAUCAUCAAUAACACUUUAUUUUAAGGUUUCCUUGUUACACAUGGACUUACCAUUAGUUACACUGUAACAAGGACACAUUAAAAUUCCUCAUCUCCCGUUCCUGCAUUAUUAAAAGUUUAGUUUCAUUGCAUGAACAAAUCUUUGUUGUACUACAGGAUUAAAGUAGCCUACAUUCUAAUGUUUGGACAUCUUUUAUUUUCAACAUUUUGUCUUGCAACAGAAUCACAUAACCUGUCUUAUCUCCACUGUUUUGAUGUUUUACCUAACCUGGCCUUUUGAACUUGACCUGACAACCAAAAUAGAAGAUUAAUCUAAUUUGCAGGGUUCCCAUGACGUGUCCAAUCAACUUAAUUAACCCUGUAUUUAGCCUCCAAAGACCGGGCAAUACCUUAUUUGUUCUCAGCAGUCCCAAUGUUUUUGUUCUUUGAGGCCAUACAAGCCUUUUGAUUCAGUUAACGUUAGGUCAAAUCUACACAACAAAUCUUUUUCUGAGGGAGCUGCAAAAUAUCCACAAAAAAAACUUGCCAUAAACGAGGAAGAAACCUUGGCUGGGAGAAACAACUUCUCUCACGUUACUUUUUAGGAACACGUAUAGCCUGUAGGGGGCGUGACGUCACUGCACUCAUAAGCGUCACUUCUUCGCGUUGCGCUUGUGCUUCUCGUUUCUCUGACCUCUGUGGGACGGAGUGCGGUCCUGAACUCCAGUGAAAUGGCUCCUCCAGUGCAAGUGUCGCCGCUGAUUAAGACAGCCAGGUGGUCUGCAUUGCUCAUUGGCAUUAUCUACGGAAAGCGUAGAUAUGAUCAUCUGAAACCAAUUGCAGAGGAGGAGAGGAGAAUUGAAGAGGAGGAGAAGAAGGUACGAGAGGAGAAGGAACGCAUUGCUAAACAGCUUGCAGAAGCUAAUGAGGACACAAUCUUGAAGUGAGCUGCCCAAAGUUAUGCCUGUAUUGCUAAUAUUGUAAAGAUCUUGUUACCUGUCUGGAUAAAGAAUGAUGCCUUUAUUCUGCCACUUUGGUUUUACAGUGUCCUUUUCAAACCUUUCACUGUUUUCUUAUAGAUCAUGUUAGAUUAAUGCCUCAUUUUUGAAAUAACUGAAUACAUGCAGAUAUAUAUACACAUACAUCCUCUGAUUGGACACUGUCUAUUUUCACUGAAGAACGUCUGAUAAUAAUGUGAUGCAGAUUUAAAACAAGCAAUGUAAUGUUAAACAUACACCAAAUCAGAGGUCCACUUUGGGAAAUAUCCACACCAAUAUUUAUUAAUAAACUGUUAAUCCCUA